GCACGGAUUACAAUGCAAAGGAUUUUGGAGGUUUGGGUCACCUUGGUGACAGUUUCUGCGCUGACCGAGGGGGUUUUUGGAGGAUACGGGCUGAGCAUGUUUGCUGCACAGUCCUCUCCUCCGGACCCCUGCUAUGAUGAGAACGGGAAUCCUCGGAGAUGCAUCCCCGAUUUCGUGAACUCAGCCUUUGGUAAGGACGUGCGCGUAUCCAGCACCUGUGGCACCCCGGCCGCCAGGUACUGUGUAGUGACCGAGAAGGGAGAGGAGAGGACGAGGGACUGUCACACGUGCGACGCCGGGGAUCCCAAGAAGACCCAUCCACCUGCGUAUUUAACAGACCUCAACAACCCUCACAACCUCACCUGCUGGCAGUCUGAAAACUACGUGCAGUAUCCGCAGAACGUCACCCUUACCUUGACGCUUGGGAAAAAGUUUGAGGUCACCUAUGUGAGCCUGCAGUUUUGCUCACCUAGACCUGAGUCCAUGGCAAUCUACAAGUCCAUGGACUAUGGUAAAUCCUGGGUGCCGUUUCAGCAUUAUUCGACUCAGUGCAAGAAAAUGUACAACAGACAGAAUAAAGCGACAAUUACCAAGCAGAACGAGCAAGAAGCCAUCUGCACGGACUCCCACACAGACAUGCACCCUUUGACAGGUGGGCUCAUCGCCUUCAGCACGCUGGACGGCAGACCGUCGGCGCACGACUUCGACAACUCCCCGGUGCUGCAGGACUGGGUGACUGCCACAGACAUCAAGGUGAUCUUCAGCCAGCUUCACACUUUCGGAGACGAGAACGAGGACGACUCGGAGCUAGCCCGAGAAUCCUACUUUUACGCCGUGUCGGACCUGCAAGUAGGAGGAAGGUGCAAGUGCAACGGACACGCUUCAAAAUGCGUAAAGGACAGAGAGGGGAAUCUGGUUUGUGAGUGCAAACACAACACGGCGGGACCGGAGUGCGACAGGUGCAAACCUUUCCACUAUGAUCGACCCUGGCAGCGCGCCACGGCCAGAGAAGCCAACGAGUGCGUCGCUUGUCAUUGUAACCUGCACGCCCGCCGCUGUCGUUUCAACAUGGAGUUGUACAAGCUGUCGGGCCGGAGAAGUGGUGGAGUCUGUCUCAACUGUCGCCACAACACGGCGGGACGCCAUUGCCAUUACUGCAAGGAGGGUUACUACAGAGACAUGACAAAGUCAAUCUCACACAGGAGAGCUUGCAAAGCAUGCGAUUGCCAUCCAGUUGGAGCAGCAGGGAAAACAUGUAACCAGACAACAGGCCAAUGCCCCUGCAAGGACGGAGUGACAGGAAUCACCUGUAACCGCUGCGCCAAGGGCUACCAGCAGAGCCGCUCUCCCAUCGCCCCCUGCAUCAAGAUCCCAGUUGCAUCUCCUACAGCAACUUACAGCAGCUACGAGGAGCCAUCGGAUUGUGAAUCUCACUGUAAAGCCUCCAAGGGAAAGAUGAAGAUCACCAUGAAGAAGUACUGUAAAAAAGACUAUGCUGUCCAAGUACACGUUCUAAAAGGGGACAAGGCUGGAGAGUGGUGGAAGUUCACCGUCAACAUCAUUUCUGUCUACAAACAAGGUGAGCACCGCAUCCGCCGUGGGGACCAGCUGCUGUGGGUGCGCGCCAAGGAUGUGGCCUGCAAAUGCCCUAAGAUCAAACCUGGAAGGAAGUACAUGCUUCUGGGUACAGAUGACGACUCUCCCGGACAGAGCGGCGUGGUGGCGGACAAGGGGAGCCUGCUCAUCCCUUGGAAGGACCUGUGGGGCCGCCGACUGAGGAAGUUCCAACAGCGCGACAAGAGGGGAAAGUGCUAA